AGUGUGCUGUGAGGACCUAGCGAGCAUCAUUUCUCUCCUCCGUUCUCCUCUCCUCACCUUCACUGAGCCACUCCAUCCCUCCUCCUCCUCUGCUAUGACAUCUCACACCAGCUGCGCGCUGCCUCCGCCAGCCCGACGCUGCUCAUCCAACAUGGACAUGUGCGCCUGGAAUAGCCGCGAUUGAUCCUCGGCUGGCGUUAUUUUUUUGUUUAGUGUUUUAUUUCGCUUUUUGAAAACAUAUAACAACGCAAGAAGAAAAGGAGGAGGGGGGGCGGCUGUCAUCUUUAACCCCCCUCCGCUCCCUUGAGCCAAGCAGAGCGGCAAGGUGGGGGGAAGGCUUGCAGCCAGCUCGGAUUUAUUAAACGGCAACAUGACGGAUUUGGAGAUGCCAAUGAUGGUGGUGAAGCGGAGGAGGCUGAUGGUGAGGAAAAUGGCCCGACUAAGACUCGACCUCUCACUUCUCCUCCUGACGGGGCUCCUCAUUGGGGAUUUCUCCUCCUCCGGGGCUGAAUCAUGUGGUGGUGUAAUCCAAGGCCUGAACGGGACGAUAGAAUCGCCUGGCUUCCCCCACGGCUAUCCCAACUACGCCAACUGUACGUGGCUGAUAAUAACAGGGGAGCGAAACAGGAUCCAGCUCACCUUCGUAACGCUCGCACUAGAGGAAGACUUUGAUAUGGUGUCUGUAUAUGAUGGACAACCUUCGCCUGGGAACUUAAAAAUGAGGUUGUCAGGGUUCAUGCUGCCUUCUCCUAUUGUCAGCACCGGAUCUAUAUUGGCCUUGUGGUUUACCACCGAUUUUGCCGUCAGUGCACAGGGCUUCAAAGCCGUCUACGAAGUCCUGCCCAGCCAUACAUGUGGCACCCCCGGACUCAUCCCAAACGGAGUCAUUCAUGGAGCACGAUACAACAUCGGUGACAAAAUCCGUUACAGCUGCGAGUCUGGUUUCGUCCUGGAGGGGCAUAAUAUCCUCACAUGUUUCGUAUCACCGGGCAGCGGAGCACAGUGGGACUUCCCCUCACCAUUUUGUAGAGCGGAGGGGGCAUGCGGCGGCACGUUACGAGGCACGGCGGGUUCAAUAACCAGUCCUAGCUACCCCGCUGAGUAUGACAACAAUCUGGAUUGCAUGUGGUCAAUCCUCGCCGAACCCGGGGACACGAUAGCCCUUGUCUUUAAUGACUUCUUUUUGGAAGACAAGUAUGACUUCCUGGAAAUCAGCGGGACAGAGGCACCCAGCAUCUGGCUAACUGGGACAAGCCUGCCUUCACCAGUUAUAUCAAGCAAGAACUGGCUGCGGAUACACUUCACCUCAGACAGCAACCACCGAAGGAAAGGAUUUAGUGCUCAGUACCAAGUGAAGAAAGCUAUAGAGUUGAAGUCCAGAGGAGUGAAGAUGAUGCCCAAUAAAGACUCAAGUCACAAAAAUGCAGUCUUGAGUCAAAGUGGCCUGGCUGGAGAUGUGUGUCCAGAUCCUGGAGUCCCAGAGAAUGGCAAGAGGAUGGGAUCCGCCUUCCAAAUCGGCUCCAGCGUCCAAUUCAGUUGCGACGACAGCUACGUUCUUCAAGGAUCUAAAAGUAUCACUUGUCAGAGAGUGACGGACACACUGGCUGCUUGGAGUGACCAUCGGCCCAUCUGCAGAACCCGAACGUGUGGUAGCAACUUACGGGGGCCCAGAGGAAUCAUAACAUCUCCUAACUACCCUGUGCAGUAUGAGAACAACGCUCACUGUGUUUGGGUAAUCACCGCGCUGGAUUCUGCAAAGGUUAUAAAGCUGUCAUUUGAAGAAUUUGACCUGGAACGUGGCUAUGAUACACUCACAGUGGGUGACGGCGGGAAGAUAGGAGACACUCGACGGGUACUUUAUGUACUCACUGGGUCCAGUGUUCCUGACAUCAUUGUGAGCUUGUCCAAUCAGAUGUGGCUUCACCUGCAGUCUGACGACACAAUCGGCUCUGCUGGGUUCAAAGCAGUCUAUGAAGAGAUCGAACGGGGAGGCUGCGGUGAUCCUGGCGUGCCGGCGUUUGGUCGUCGUAGUGGCAAUGCAUUUCAACACGGGGAUAUGCUGACCUUCUCCUGCCAGUCUGCAUUUGAAUUAGUUGGCGAGAGGAGCAUUACGUGCCAGCAUAAUAACCAGUGGUCUGGUAAUAAACCCAGUUGCAUCUUUUCGUGUUUCUUCAACUUCACGGCCCCAUCGGGAACAGUGCUGUCCCCAAACUAUCCUGAGGAAUACGGGAACAAUCUCAACUGCGUAUGGCUGAUCAUUUCUGAACCAGGGAGCCGCAUUCAUUUGCUCUUCUCUGAUUUCGACCUGGAGCCUCAGUUUGAUUGGUUGGCGGUAAAAGAUGAAGGUCUAUCUGAGCCCACCACUUUUGGCACAUUUUCUGGAAAGGAUGUACCAUCCCAAAUUGCCUCACAUGGACACAUCAUGAGACUGGAAUUUCAGUCCGAUCACUCCAAUACUGGGAAAGGCUUCAACAUCAGCUAUACAACAUUUGGCCAGAAUGAGUGCCAUGAUCCAGGGGUGCCUGUCAACGGGCAAAGAUAUGGAGACCAAUUCCAACUCGGCAGCUCUGUAGCUUUCCGCUGUGACCAAGGAUUCAUUAGGACACAGGGGUCAGAUCAGGUCACCUGCAUCAUUCAAGAUGGAAAUGUUGUUUGGUCUGCAGCUAUGCCUCGCUGUGAAGCUCCAUGUGGAGGCCAUCUCACCGCUCCUAGCGGAGUUCUUCUCUCUCCUGGUUGGCCUUCCUUCUACAAGGAUUCUCUCAACUGCCAGUGGGUGAUUGAAUCUCAAGCAGAUCACGCUGUGAAGAUACACUUUGACAGGUUCCAGACGGAGGUCAACUAUGACACGUUGGAGAUCAGGGAUGGUCCCUCAUCCUCCUCCCCCUUGAUCGGCGAGUACCAUGGAACCCAGGCGCCUCAUUUCCUGAUCUCCACGUCCAACUUCCUGUUCCUGUUGUUCACCACUGACAACAGUCGCUCGGCGGCGGGCUUCAGCAUCAGAUACGAGAGUGUGAAAAUGGAGUCAGACUCUUGUCUUGACCCGGGUAUUCCGGUGAAUGGACGUCGCCAUGGCAGCAGCUUUUCCAUUGGCUCCCGUGUCUCGUUUACAUGCGACCCGGGAUAUACUCUGAGCGAUCAGGAGCCCAUCGUUUGCGAGCAGAAUCAUCAGUGGAGUCACGCUCUUCCCAGCUGUGACGCUCUGUGUGGAGGCUAUGUGUUUGGGAAAAUGGGAACGAUUCUUUCGCCGGGAUUUCCUGACUUCUACCCCAACUCUCUGAACUGCACCUGGACCAUAGAGGUGUCUCAUGGUAAAGGAGUCCACCUCAUAUUCCAUACUUUCCAUUUGGAGGAGAACCAUGACUACCUGUCUAUCACAGAGAACGAAAAUUUUCUGGUUCCGGUGGCCCGACUGACUGGCUCCGUGUUACCUCCCAGUGUCAAAGCGGGGCUUUUUGGGAAUUUCAGCGCUCAGCUCCGAUUCAUAUCUGAUUUCUCCAUGAGUUACGAGGGAUUUAACAUCACAUUCUCAGAAUAUGACUUGGAGCCUUGCGAGGAUCCGGGUGUUCCGGCUUUCAGCAGACGUACAGGAUUCCGAUUUCAAGUUGGCGACUCACUUGCCUUUUCUUGUUUCCACGGUUACCGACUCGAGGGAGACAGCAAGAUCACCUGUCUCGGUGGAGGCAGGCGAGUGUGGAGCAACACAUUGCCCAGAUGUAUAGCUGAGUGUGGAGCCACCUCUCUGGGGCCAGAGGGUGUUCUUGUCUCGCCAAACUUCCCUUCCAACUAUGACAACAAUCACGAGUGCAUCUACCGCAUCACCACUGAGAAGGGAAAAGGAAUCAGGCUGAAAGCUGAGAGCUUCUCUCUGCAAGAUGGAGACCAUCUCAGGGUGUAUGAUGGCGAAAACAGCUCAUCUCGUCUCCUUGGGAACUUCACCCGGAGUGCUAUGAUGGGCCAUAUUAUCAAUAGCACCUCCAAUCACGUGUGGCUGGAGUUCAAUAGCAACGCCUCUGGAACAACGCAGGGCUUUCACCUCACAUAUAAAAGUUUUGACCUGGUGCGAUGUGAAGAACCUGGCGUCCCCAGUUACGGCUACAAGAUCCAAGACGAUGGACAUUAUGCUAACACAUUUGUCCUUUACUCUUGCAACCCUGGCUACAGUCUCCAUGGAAGUAGUACACUGACCUGUCUAAGUGGGGACAGACGUGUUUGGGACAAACCACUUCCAUCCUGUAUCGCGGAGUGUGGCGGUCACAUCACGGGAGCGGUGUCUGGACGAAUUUUGUCUCCAGGAUACCCUGCCCCUUAUGACAACAAUCUCCACUGUACCUGGACUAUAGAGGCGGAUACUGGGAAGACUAUCAGCCUCCAUUUCAUUGUCUUUGACACUGAGAUCGGCCAUGACAUCCUGAGAGUUUGGGAUGGGCCAUCUGGGCCAUCGGAUGGAGGCAUCCUUUUGAAAGAAUGGUCUAGUCCAGCCUUACCUGAAGAUAUCCAUUCAACCUUCAACAUACUGACACUUCAGUUUGAUGCGGACUACUUUAUCAGCAAACAAGGGUUUUCCAUCCAGUUUUCCACCACAACAGCGACGACCUGUAAUGACCCUGGCAUCCCAGUAAAUGGCUCUCGAUAUGGAGACACUAAGGAGCCCGGUGACAGUAUGACGUUCCAGUGUGACCCCGGCUAUCAGCUCCAAGGCUCUGAUACCAUCACAUGUGUCCGCAUGGAAAACAGAUUCUACUGGCAGCCUGACCCUCCAACAUGUAUUGCAACCUGCGGUGGUAACGUCAGUGGUCCUUCUGGAGUGAUCCUGUCUCCUAACUACCCCCAGCCUUACCCUCCAGGGAAAGAGUGUGAUUGGCGAAUCCGAGUCAACGCAGACUUUGUCAUUGCUCUCAUCUUCAAAAGUUUCAACAUGGAGCCCAGUUAUGACUUCCUGCACAUUUACGAGGGCGAAGACUCGAAUGGGCCUCUACUGGCAAGUCUCCAAGGCAACCAAGCCCCAGAUCGCAUCGAGAGCAGUGGGAACAGUCUCUUCCUGGCAUUCCGAUCGGACGCCUCACUGGGCAUGUCUGGCUUCGCCAUUGAGUUCAGAGAAAAGCCAAGGGAGGCCUGUUUUGAUCCUGGUAACAUCAUGAAUGCUAGUCGGACUGGCUAUGACUAUAAACUGGGAUCUCAGGUGUCCUAUAACUGUCACCAUGGCUACACAACAGUGGGCAGUCAAACAAUAACCUGUGUGAUGGGGCAUGACGGGAAGCCAGUGUGGGACAAGGCUCUGCCAUCAUGUAAAGCACCAUGCGGUGGACAGUAUGGUGGAUCUGACGGAGUCGUUUUGUCUCCAAACUACCCUUUGAACUACACCAGUCGACAAAUCUGCUCCUACUACAUCACAGUGCCUCCACAGUUUGUUGUUUUUGGUCAGUUUGCCUUCUUCCAGACUGCGAUGAACGACUCAGUGGAGCUGUUUGAUGGGGCCAAUGAGAGCUCGCGAUUGCUGAGUUCGCUGGCGGGAUCACAUUCAGGAGAGACGCUGCCCUUGGCAACUUCCCAUCAAAUCAUGCUGCGAUUCAAUGCCAAGAGUGGUCAACCAGCUAAGGGCUUUCACUUUGUCUACCAAGCUGUGCCUCGGACAAGUGACAGUCAGUGUAGCUCGGUGCCAGAGCCUCGCUACGGCAGGCGGAUCGGGUCAGAGUUCUCCGCCGGCUCGGUGAUCCGUUUCGAGUGCAGUCCAGGAUAUCUCCUGAAGGGAUCCAGCGCAAUCCGGUGCCAGGCCGUACCAGGUGCUCUGGCCCAGUGGAAUUCAACGACGCCAAACUGUAUCGUUCCUUGCAGUGGGAAUCUGACAGAACGCCGUGGUACCAUAUUGUCUCCUGGCUUUCCAGAGCCAUACCCAAACAGUCUCAACUGUCUGUGGAGAAUCCAUGUCAGCGAAGGAGCUGGAAUACAGAUUCAAGUGAUGAAAUUUGCUACCGAGCACAACUGGGAUUCUCUGGAGAUCUACGAUGGGGGAGACAUGACGGCUCCUAAAUUAGGGUCGUUUUCUGGAACUACAGCCCCUGCCCUCCUUAACUCCACAUCCAAUCAGCUUCUCUUGCACUUUCAGAGUGACAUUAGCGUUGUGGCUGCAGGAUUUCACCUUGAAUACAAAACGGUCGGUCUGACGACUUGUCCUGAGCCGAUGAUCCCAGCAAACGGCAUAAAAACCGGAGACCGAUACAUGGUCAAUGAAGUAGUGGCCUUCACCUGUGAGCCUGGAUACACCUUGCAGGGCCACUCUCAUAUUUCCUGCAUGCCUGGGACUGUGCGCAGAUGGAACUACCCACCUCCUCUUUGCAUAGCUCGUUGUGGUGGGGUAUUGUCUGAGGUCACUGGAGUGAUCCUGAGUCCGGGUUUCCCAGGCAACUACCCCGGCAACCUAGACUGCACCUGGCAAAUCAUCUUGCCGACAGGAUAUGGAGCUCAUAUUCACUUCCAAAACUUUUCCUCUGAAGACAACCAUGACUUCCUGGAGGUGCGGUCGGGACCGCAGCACAGCUCGUCUCUGAUCGGACAAUUCACUGGUUCACAAGUCCCGCCCUCUCUUCUAAGCACCACCCAUCAGACCAUCAUUCACUUCUACAGUGACCAUUCAGAGAACAGGAUGGGGUUCAAACUCACUUAUCAAGCUUACCAACUUCAAAACUGCCAGGAUCCUUCUCCUUUUACAAAUGGUGACAUCAUCAACAGUGACUACAGUGCUGGCCGGUCAAUAACAUUCCUGUGUUAUGCUGGCUAUGUUUUGAUUGGACACCCAGUCCUGACAUGUCUCCAUGGGACCAACCGGAAGUGGAAUCACCCAUUUCCACGCUGUGAGGCUCCCUGCGGCUACAAUGUCACAGCUGAAAAUGGGACCAUUUAUUCGCCUCAGUACCCCAGUGAAUACCCCAACUCACAAGACUGUAGCUGGCUCAUCACCGUCCCCCACGGACAUGGAGUUUACGUCAACUUUACCCUGUUGCAGACUGAGCCUGUCACUGAUUACAUUGCUGUAUGGGAUGGUCCAGAUGCAUCCAGUCCUCAGCUAGGUGUCUUCAGUGGCAACACGGCAUUAGAGUCAGCCUACAGUUCCAGCUCCAAGGUUCUGAUCCGCUUUCACUCUGACUUUUCAACCGGAGGAUUCUUCAUACUCAACUUCCAUGCCUACCGUUUGAAGAAAUGCCCUCCUCCACCUCUAGUGGAGAAUGCUGACGUAAUUUAUGAGGAUGAAGAUUUCCUAAUAGGUGAUAUUGUGGCUUAUCGUUGUCUCCCUGGAUACACACUCAUUGGGAAGGCGGAGCUCAUGUGUACGCUCAACUCCCAUUUACUGUUUGAGGCACCACCGCCAACCUGCCAAGCCCAGUGUCCAGCCAAUGAGGAGAGAUCUUCAUCAUCAGGCGUCAUUUUGAGUCCCAUGUUCCCCGGCAACUACCCCAACAGCCAGACCUGCUCCUGGCUGCUUCGCAUGCUUCCAGGUUUCAUCAUCAAUAUCUACGUUGAGAUGUUCCACAGCGAGAAGCAAUUUGACGAGCUGGAAAUUUUUGAUGGAUCCUCAGGACAGAGCCCUUUGCUUGUGGCUCUCAGUGGAAAUCAUUCAUCUCAACUCAACUUCACCUCCAAAACCAAUCAGCUUUACCUACGCUGGUCCACUGACCAUGCAACCAACAAGAAAGGAUUCAAGAUAAGAUACUCGGCUGCGUACUGUAGUAUUAAUGAUCCCCCAGCGAAUGGGGGCGUCGUCAACCGAACCAAACUCCGCCCGGGCAGCAGACUCCAGUUCUACUGUAACCAUGGUUACCGUCUGGUCGGCUCUAUGAAUUCCACCUGUCGGCUCCGUCCCAAUGGGCUAUACCAAUGGGAUACACCUCCACCAUUCUGUCAAGCUAUCUCCUGUGGGAUCCCCCAGUCACCCGGCAAUGGCAGCUUCUACGCCUACCAUUACAACGUGGGCAGUCAGGUGACCUACCACUGUAAACAUGGUUAUCACCUUGAUCCCAGCCUACCAGCCACGGCAAUGUGUUUGGAGGAUGGCAGCUGGAGUAAUUCCGCCUCACCCCCAAGGUGUCUCUCCAUUCACUGUUCGAGCAUUGAGGGAGUCUUGUCAGAUCACAUGACCUAUCAUCUGCUGUCUGGUACACUGGGAGAGUUUGGAUCCUUGGUCAUGUUGGAAUGUUCAGAGGGGUACUCCUUCGGUGCCGGACAUCGGACUCUUGGUUGCCUUGCCAAUGGGACAUGGGAAGGGUCGGAUGACCCAGCUACAUGCAAGAUAUUGUCCUGUGGGGAUCUUCCUUCUCCACCAUUCGGCACCAAACUUGGAACACUGACCACAUUUGGCGCAACUGCAAUCUUCAUGUGUAACCAUGGUUAUACCUUGGUGGGGUCCCAUGUCAGAGAGUGUGGAGCCAACGGCCUGUGGAGUGGUUCUGAAACCAGGUGCCUUGCCGGCCACUGUGACUCUCCAAAUCCUAUCAUCAACGGUCACAUUAGCGGUGACGGCUCAAGUUACCGCGACACAGUGGUAUACCAGUGCAUGCUGGGAUAUCGCCUGAUCGGCACAUCAGUCAGAAUCUGCCAACAAGACCAUCGGUGGUCUGGAACAACACCUGUUUGCGUCCCCAUAACCUGUGGUCAUCCUGGAAACCCAGCCAAUGGGCGGACGAACGGCACCGAGUUCAACCUCAACGAUGUGGUCAACUUCACCUGUAAUAAAGGUUACAUCCUGACUGGAAAUUCACGCGCUCAGUGUCGACUCAACGGGCAGUGGAGCAACCCACUACCUCUCUGCAAAGUGGUCAACUGUUCUGAUCCCGGGCACGUGGAAAAUGGUGUACGGCAGUCUGUAUUACAUUACCCAGAAAUCUUUAGCUACGGCACAACCGUGGCCAUUCACUGCAAACAAGGCUUCUACUUGCUCGGGUCCGCGCUUCUCACCUGCCUCCAUGAUGGACGCUGGGACAGGCCAACCCCUCGAUGCUUGGCGAUUUCCUGCGGUGACCCCGGUAUUCCCCCAAAUGUGAUCAUCCCCGGAACCCACAGCUGGACUUACGGCUCUGUGCUGCAGUACUCCUGUUUGCAAGGAGGGAUGCUGGUGGGCAAUGCUACACGCCACUGCCAAGAGGACGGCACUUGGAGUGGGGCGCCGCCCUACUGCACUGGUCUGAGUCCAGGGAUGUGCGGUGACACGGGAGUUCCUCCCCACGGUGCCCGUUUAGGAGGGGAAGAGUUUAAAACCAAGAGCUUGCUGCGUUUCAGCUGCGAGGCGGGAUACAAUCUGAUCGGCUCCGCUGAGAGGACGUGCCUCCACAACGGCACCUGGAGUGGAACGCAGCCCGUGUGCCAAGCUGUGUCAUGUGGCAACCCUGGCACCCCAGCCCAAGGCAGGAUCGUCUUCAGUGAUGGCAUCACCUUCGGCAGUUCAGUGGCUUACGCAUGCUGGGAAGGGUUCAAAACUUCGGGCUUGACAACCAGACACUGCACAACAAAUGGGACGUGGACAGGACAACCACCAGACUGCACUGUGAUCACUUGUGGAGACCCAGGACCAAUCGCCAAUGGCAUGUUCUUGGGACGUGAUUUCACCUUCAACCACACGGUGACAUACCAUUGUAACCCGGGUCACCUAAUGGAACCACCUGGACCAGGUCGUAGUGUUUUACACUGCACUAAAGAUGGACAGUGGAACCAAACCAAACCCAGCUGUAAAGUGAUCCAGUGCGGACCUCCCCCUCAAGUCCAAAAUGGGGAAGUCGAAGGAACGGAUCAUUCGUGGGGCUCAAGUGUCAGCUACAGUUGUUUCCAUGGUUAUCAGAUGUCCCUGUCGGCUGUAUUGACCUGCGAGGGGAAUGGAACGUGGACUGGAGAAGUACCGCAAUGUCUCCCAAUGCUGUGUGGUGAUCCUGGCUCUCCUGGAGGCGGAUUCCGGGAAGGGAGGAUCUUUACUUACCGGUCAGAGGUCAGAUUCUACUGCCAUACCCCAUACUUGUUGGUUGGCUCUGCCUCCAGAGUGUGUCAGGCUGAUGGUAUUUGGAGUGGCCAACAACCAGCCUGUAUAGACCCUGCUUUUAACAGCUGUCGUGACCCAGGAACACCAUCAUACGGUAUCCCAGUCCAGGCUUUGGGCCUUCAGGUUGGAAGUAAGAUUUCAUUUAAGUGUCGUAAGAACUACCACAUCCUUGGCUCUACCACAAGAACGUGUUUAGAAAACCUCACCUGGAGUGGAACACAACCUGAAUGUGUUGCCCACUCGUGCCGACAGCCCGAGACCCCAAGUCAUGUGGACAUUCGCUCGAUGGACUUGCCAACAUUGGGAUAUACACUUAUCUACACCUGUCAAGACGGUUUCUAUCUGGCCGGAGGAUCAGAACACCGAACAUGUAAAAGUGAUGGGAGAUGGUCGGGAAAACCACCACUGUGUAAAGUUGGAGUUAAAGUCAAUCCCAAAGGCAGAGAAGAGAGCGACAUCCAGAAGAACAAAAUUCGAGUUCCAGUGGACGUGUUCUCACCCAACUCGGAAUGGAGAGGUUUCUAUGAAUAUCUGGGCAAGAGACAGGCCACCACAUUCACAGUGACUGGGUUCAAUGCCAGCAGCGGAAGGGUUAAUGCCACCCUACUGGAGACCAGUGGAGUCUCAAUCAGACUAUCGGGGACUUAUAAGUCUGAGGAGAACCAACUUCUACUGAAGGUCUAUCAAGUCAAAGGGCCCACAGAGCAUUACUACAACAAGUUUAAGAAUGACAACUGGGCCGUGGAUGGAUACGUGACUGCGGAAUCCGACCAGAAAACAUUUGUCUACCAAGGGCACAUUCACAGUAAAGACUUUGGUAAAUUCCAUCUGACAAGGCAAGGCCCUGUAACCAUGGCGACAGACCCAUCCAAUCCUUAUACGAACAGCAGCUCUGUGGCAGCGGCCAUCUUGGUUCCUUUCUUUGCCCUCAUCCUGUCGGGAUUUGCCUUCUACCUCUACAAGCACAGGACAUUGUCUGCUGACACAGAUGACAAUGAAAGACCAAAAGACACCUGGGGGCCUGGCGGCAGAACCCGGCCGAAGGUCCAGUUCAAUGGCUAUGUCGGCCAUGAAAACACCAAUGGUCAGGCAUCAUUCGAAAACCCGAUGUACGACACCAACAUGAAGCCCACUGAGGCUAAAGCCGUUCGAUUCGACACCACGCUCAAUACAGUAUGCACUGUGGUGUAGUCCAGCACAUCAGUCGCUACUCUCAUUGGUGGCACAGUCCAACGGGGCUGUCCACGAUGUGGUUGAAUUAUCAGGACAAACAAGCAAACUCAUGAUUGGCACUCAUCACGUGGGGCGGUCUGUGCCGCGGCAUGCCGUUCAGCAUACUCGGCACAGUGAUGUGCCUCUGCUCCUACGUGACAGGAGUAUCCGCCGCCUCCUUCUUCGGUAAAAUUAGACAGUGAUGUCAUUAAAAAGGUUAGCUAAUGGUCCAGGGAUACGUGUUCAGACAUAAAGGAAAAAAACCCAGGGUUAGGGUUUUUAACUUCCAUCUUUGAACACUAUAUGGCCUUCUGGUACCUUUCCUCCCACAUUGAUAGAUGGUUGGCCCAAUCUAAUUCUACAGCCCCGUGCCAAAUAUAUACACAUGUAUGCACAGUGCUAAAAGGCUUACUUGGCUGCACUGCUGCAGGCCAGCCGUGUUUGACUGAUGGGAGGUUGGAUCCGCAGGGGAAGCAAUCCUCCCUUCUUCCACCUUUCUAGGCUUAAAGUCCUAAUUAGAUGGUUCAUUCAUGUCAGCACAAAUGGCGCAGGACAAACUUCCCCAGUGGGCAUUCGGAUGGGUUUGACAGGACUAAGCCUGGGCUUCAAGGUAGUGUAGAAAGCUUUUUUUCCCGUCAGAGCUGUGACAUUGCCCUCUAAAUUCAGUUAAGGUAAUGACUGAAGUUCCACCAGGCAAUGUAUUGAUGCUAAAAGUACAGAAUGUAAACAAACUGGUACCCAGAUUAGUGUCUUCUACCUAGUAACCGCAGGAUCCAUUAACGACAAUGCCUUUCACUGAAGGACCUGCCAACAAUCAGGCGGAAACUUCUGAAAUGUGUAAAUUAUUCCAUGCCCCAACUGAUGAUGUGCAGUAAAUUCCCACUCAGUGCCACGUCCAAAUUGGUAAACAGGCAACCCAUCCAGGAUGGAGUCCGCCGUUUGUCCUUGAAUGGGUUGAGUACCUGAACCUUUGACCUCAUCCUCAAAGUGUUUUCAACCUCCUAUAAAUACUUACAAAUGUCCAACACUGCUAGAGUGGCAGCCAGACUUCGAUGAAGCAGAAAUUCAAAUAAUUGAGAUGCUAUACACAACUGUGAGGUUUCCAGAGAGCUGUCAAAAACAAUCAAAUAUUCCGAGUGUCAUACUUGGAGCGGCCAGGUUUGCGUGCUUGCUGACUGAACAAGGGGAGACCUGGAGGCAAUGAACUGUCAGGUUUGUCGACCCAGGAAACGUCUUCAAGUCUCAAGGUGGACAAGAAUCUCAGCCAUGUGAUAUUUUGCACCAGUCGAUCACAAAAUCAAAAUCAGACGAACACAUGAAGAAGACUUGCGUGUAAUUAGACAAAUGGACGGAGGAAGUACUCUGUUGGGAAGGAGAGUCAAGGACAGGUCGCUACGGAAGCAGAGGCAAUUUGUCUCUUCUGGCAUUUUUUCUUCAGUGAAGAUAUUCAUGAACAGACUCUAAUGUUCAAAACCCAGUGGCCCAAUGGGACUUCCCAAUCUGCUGCUGGGGACCGCCCCAACUAUAAACUUUAUAUAGACUCUUAAAUUGCACAAAUUUUGCACUAGUGUGUUUUUCUGACUGGGUUAUGAAAAAAAAGGAAAAAAAAGAAUAAUUUUGGGGUCUGAAGUGGGUUUGGAAAAUCAAGUCCUUCAAAUUAAGAGAAUUUUAUUCAAAGCUUCUAUCUUAAAAAAAAUAAAAUAAAAAACAGAUGGCUCCACACAGGGUUACAGAGUGUUUGUACAUACACAUAUAUAUUUCAAGCCCAACGCCCGCAGGUGUGUUUUUAUUGUUGUCGUGACAACGUUCUAGCCCCCCCACAAAGUUGAGACGAGUUUACCUGUGGACCUCCUGUGUCGUAAUGACUUUCAUGUUGUGUUAAUGACCAUGUCUAUUUCUGAAAGCUCAUAUUGAACACUGCUUUUACCCUAAUGCUCACCCAAAUAGCACACAGUAUGAUGCUUUACACUAGGAUCACAGUGUACAAGACUAUCUCAGAAAAAAAGGAGCAUACAGUAGAUGUUUUCAGAAACAACCAAGUCUUAAAAAAAAAACAUUUAAUGCUCAACCACUCAGACUGUCAUGCACCGCCCAUACCACAUUUUUUAAUACACAACCCGACAACUUUAAAGAGCACACAGCCUGUGUGACUUCACCGCUUAAAGGUGAAGUUUAUCGAAACAAGCUCUUGAUCGCUGUAUUUCAGCCUACGAAUCAAUCCGAGGCAGUGUAUCUUUAAAAAGUUGAGUUUUCAAACAGAUUGCGAGAAACAAACUCCAUGGCCCUCAAUGAAUCAGUAAAGUCUCAGGCGAGAAAUGAGUGAGAUCAGGAACAGGCAAGGUUAAUUAACAUAUAUUUGCUCCGUAAAAUGCCCUUUGACAUGAGAUUGUGUUGCCUGAGUGAUGAUCAAUAAAACAGCAUUCAGCUUUUUGCAAAUUUUAUAUGAGCAAUUGGCUGUAAGUUUGAAGAAACUCUAACAUCGAACUAAUGGAAAUAAGACGUACAACAAUAAACAUGGCAGUCUGACCUUUGAUGACGCAGGCACACUCUGAAGGUGAUUUACAUUGCUGAUUCCUCUCUUUUUCUGUGUGUAACCAAAUAUUUUUGGAAAUAAACCCCAAAAGAUUAAAAACACAGCCUUAACAUUGAUUAAAAAAAAAAGAACUGCAGUGUGAUAAACAUAGUCAAGCCUUGCGAUACGACUGACCUGACUUACGGGCUAUUUGAGAUAUGAGCUGUUAACUCACUUUACAAGGAGCAGGAGUUUGGCAUAUAGCUGACAAUUUUCAAAAGAGCUUCAAGCUGUUUACUAACAGUUUCGGUUGACGUUUACUGUCAAACCUAAUGUAAAACAGAAUUACUUGUUUUGUGUUUCAAACAACCACAUACUUUUCUUAACAGUCCAUGUAGCUUAAUUCUAACACGUAAUUUUUACCAACAUUCUUGCUGCUGGAGGCUGUAAAUUUCCCCAGUGUGGGACAAAUAAAGGAUAUCUUAUUUUAAUGGGAAAUGCCAUUGACAGGCUAAAGAAUUGGUGCUGACUGAAAAGCUGAGAUCCAUGUACAAAAACCAAUUCCAAUACAGCUGGGAGGUGUAAUGUAGAAAUUAAGACAGAAUACAAUGAUUUGAAAAUCCUUCUCAACCUAAAUUCAACUGAAUACACAACAAUGACAAGAUAUAUAAUGUUUAGACUGAUAAAGCUCAUUGGGUUUUUUUCAAAUAUUUUCUCAUUUUAAAUUUGAUCCCUGCAUUGUUCCAAAAAAAGAUGCGACAAUAGAAUCAUCAUAUCACUGUGUUGCAUCACCGUUCCUUUUAACAACACUCACUCAGCAUUUAGGAACAAUUCUUGCUUUAUGUACAACUUCACUGGCUCAACUGUACGGCGUCUCCAUUCUUGUAUUUUGUUAUUCGUAAUGCGCUACACAUUUUAAAUUGGAGACAUGUAUGGACUGCUAGCUGGCCAUUCUUGUACAGUCCCUGGAAAAGACGUUGCUUGGAUGGCAGCAUAUGUUGCUCCACCCCCUAUAUGGAACUUUCAGCAUUAAUGGUGCCUCAGCAGAUGUGCAAGAUGCCUAUAACCUGGGCACUAACACACCCCGAUACCAUCGCAGAUGUUGGCUUCGUUUGCAGAUGUGCGCUGAGGACACCAUGUCCAUGGUUUCCAAAGACGAUUUUAAAUUUGGACUCGUCAGACCAAAACACACUUUUCCACUUUGCAUGGAAGUGUUUUGAGUAACGAAUGUGGUUACAGAACGAAAUGAAUCGGAAUCUUAAAGCACCACUUUACAUGUAAAAGAUGCAUAAAAAUAUAGGAAAUUUUUAAUCUCAGAAGUGCUUCGUUUUACAGGUUGCAUUGUGCAAUUCAUACAGUGACUUGCAACCAGUAGUACUGCAGCAAUAUUAAAAUUGGCCAAAAGCAGCUUGUUUAGCUGCUUCAAAAUGGCAUGAGAACACACACAUUUCUCAGUAGCUUAUGAGCCCCUUAAUAAUUUCAAAAACAGCCACUGUGCCGAGAGGAUUCCAACGUUAUGAGUGAUGCACCAAGCUCACUGCCUCAAACACAAGUUGAAUUCCUGAUAUUUUAAAUCAAAACAAUGCACUUACUCACGAUAUUUCACGAUCCAGCAUCAUCCAUGUGUCUGGAACGAUACGAAAGCUUGUCAAGUGCCCCCCCCCCAAAAAUAUAUAUAUAUAUAUCUAUAUAUAAAUAGAUAUAUAUAUAUGCAUAUGCAGUUUUGAUGUAACUGCUGUCAGUGUGAGUAUUCCAGUGUCUGCCGGCUGGUUUCACACAUUGCGCACAACGUUCUCACAUUAUGGUUGCACUUCAGGUGUUUUUCUUUAACCGGCAUGACUUUGCCAGCCUCAAGUUCACAUUUCGUCGUGCUGCCUUGGAAAUGAUUCAUCCUCAGUCCAUCCGUGAUGAGCUUGCAAACAAUGUCUUACAACUUUUGUCAACACAAUUCACAAUGCACAAUUCACACAAAUUUGCAGUCAGGUUUGCUGGAAAAUAAUCUUGCAAGUUAAAAAAAACAAUUAUACGAUAAAACAUCUAGCAUGAGAGGAUUUUAUUCAUUCUGCAAAAAUGAAAUGAAAUAAUGAAUACAUAUAACAGAAAACAAACCCAUCGUCAACCGAACAACCCCAAAGUGAAUGCCGCAGACUAAAAAAUACCGUUGUUAGAAUCAAAGCAUGCACCACGACAGAAUACACACAACUAAACAACGCCUUGUCCCAAAAUUGUGAGUUAGAUGUUUUUGUUUUCUUUUUUUCCAUGCUGGCAUGCACACAGGCGCUCCAUUGAAUUGAUCUCAUUAAGUCAUUUGAGAUUUUCCACAGAGCCAAAAGGGCAUAAUCGAGCCAGAAAUUAAGAGGCUGCGAGGUUUCCACCGGUGUAAUAAGAGGUCUAAUUUUAUCUGCUAAUGGCACGCCGCUGAUCUCUUAGUGCGCCUGAUCACAAAAAAAUGUCGACUGCUGUUUAUUCUGUUGCGUAAAAGAUUAGAGCCGCGCUUGCGGAGGUUACAUUUGGGAGCUCGUGCACGGGCGGAGCUUGAGUUAAAUGCAGGGUGAGCGCGCGUGCGCAUCGUCAAAGGUUACUUGUGCCAUAAUAGGGUGUCCAGCCCGCAGCUACAAUCUAAAGUUUUAAGUUUGGGUUUUAUCCAGAGACAACAUUGAAGUAACAUUUUCAGCAGUGAGCUAUAUGGUACUUGAAGUCGUUUUACCGUGGAUAUGUUUAUUAUUUACCUAUUCUCAACAUUUCCUCUUGGGCAACCUUGUCAUGUUGAACUUGUGCAACUAAGUAGCCUGUAACCUUGUUUCACUUCAAGGUAUUGUUGUUAUUGUUUUUUUCUAUGUUUCAAUGAAAUUGCAGUGUGUGAAUUAUGUUUAAGCCACUGAGGACUAGAGUGGGCUUCUUCCGUCUUUGUCGUUUUGGAGCAGAGUGAUUGAUUUUAUUGCUAAAAUUGAAGGGAUUUGCAUUUGGUCUUAGUGAUUAACAUUCCAGAAUUGGUGGGUUUCCUCCGAUUUGUCUACUCCAUACACCUUCAAAUCUAUCGAUAAUCCAAGAAAGAUGAUAAAUUACAAUUCACAUAUACUUGCAUGGCCUUCGAUAAAGCACUGCUUGCUUUCUGGGUCAUCUUUCAAUCCCGGAAGGUCAAUUUCUGAAAUGUUAUUGAAGCCUGGUAUGGGCGUGGCCAUCCUGGAAAUGCAAAUUGGCUGCUUGGUUGACCUCAACCUUCUUGAGAUCAAAAUUCUUCUGAAAGCUGUGCGUUUUCACUAUUCAUUUCCAGAUUGAAAAAUGACAAAAAUGGGAUUGACCCUCUCCAGUUCAGAGUGGCUCAUUUAUCACAGUGUCGUCUCAACAAAUUUCAGACAUGAUUUUUUUUUUUCCAACACGGGAGGUCCUUCAGGAAGACAGCAAUGUUCCAAGCGCCAUCCGCACCGUUUAUCAUCGUCAUCAUUUUCUGUCACCUUGUCGUCAUCCUGUGCCGCUUAACUUGAAGUCGGUGCAACAUAAGAGACAUUUUUGUACAGAAAUCUAUUUUUAUGGAGACUUUGUUUAAAAAAAAUCUAGAAACUAUUAAACAUACUGUACUUUUUAUGAUCAAUGAUGUAGGUUGGCAAACAUCUUGUUUAUUGAAAUAAAUCAAUGGGGAUUUUUUGGGGGGGGGUAUUAUGGCGAGGCGAAAUUUUCAGAAUGAGUGAUGUUGCUCUUACACAGGAACAUAAAAACCAUUUGCAAGAUCAACACUGGAAAUCUAGUAAAUAUGUUUAUAUGGUGCAACACAGUAGCAGCAGGGUAAUAAAAGGACUGCAAAAGUCUUGGGCCACCGUUCAAAGUUGUUGUAAUGAUCAUAUACAGUGGAAUGAGAAUGUCACCCAGUGGAGCACAGACCAAAGCUGGCUCGUGAAACAAAAAAAAGAGACUACUAAAAUGUUAAUGUGCUGCAGAAUGUUGUAGUUCAUGGAAGCUAAUAAGCAAAGAGGCAGUGCCAUCAAGAUUCGAAGCGAUGGCAACUCAAAAGUGGUUAUUCUCUAUCUUCUUCAAAUCUUUACUGAUUUGAGUCAUCAUAAAUAAAUAAAUUUAUCUUUUUCAUUUGA